AAUGCAUUCUUUUUAAUUUAUAGAGUGUUUUAAAGGAAUUGCUUUCAAGUAAAUUGUUUUUAGUGUUCUUAUAAACAAAGUACAAGCAGUCUCCUUGUAUGUAAACGAGUUACUUGAAAUGAUGAAAACUUAUAGAUUAAAUAAAUUAAAUAACUCCUCUCGAUAAAAUUUAUAUAUUUGGCGAUUGUAGAUCUCCCACUGCUAAUAGGCUGUGUACUAAAGUUGCCACUUUUUAGAAAGCUAUUGUUGCUGUUGUUUUUGUAGCGGUUCGCUAUUGGCUACGGCUGCUGUAAAUAACUUCGCAGCGCUACAAAAUUUUGUUUUAACUAAUUUUUAAAACUUCAGACAAGUUAACCAUGUAAUUUUAAUGCGCCUUUUGAACUGAAAAAUGUGGAACUACUUCGUGAAAGGUUUAGAAAUUAAUGACUGUAUAUUUAAACGAAAAACGUAUCAUGUCUUUUCUCCGUUGCUUCUCCUGCCUCGUAAAACAAAAUGACGAAUUAGUCUCAAAAUUAGACUUUAGUAGCAACGUCCUCACAGAUGUCUCUCCUAACAUUUGGCGGCAUGAACGCACUUUGGAAGAACUGCAUUUAAGUGCAGCACGUAUAAAUAGCCUUCCGCCUGAAUUGUUCUAUUGCCAGAACUUACGUAUCUUGAUUGCAAACAAUAACAGUUUAAAAACUAUUCCAAAUGCUAUGGCCUCACUACGACAGUUGCAAAUAUUAAAUUUAAGCCGAAAUCUCAUUUCAAAUGUUCCUGAUAAUAUGAGAAUGUGCAAGAAUUUAACACAUUUGGAUUUAAGCUUCAAUAACUUGAAACGUUUACCUGAUGCGCUGAGUAGCCUUAUUUCACUAAGAGAGUUGUUUCUCAAUGAGACGGGCUUGGAAUUUUUGCCAGCAAAUUUUGGACGUUUGAUUAAUCUAAGAGUUCUUGAAUUACGUCUUAAUAAAUUAUUGACUUUACCGAAAUCCAUAUCUCGUCUGACAAACCUUUUGCGGCUAGAUAUAGGAUAUAAUGAACUUACAGAUAUGCCUGAGGUGAUUGGAGAAUUAAGACAAUUGCGUGAACUAUGGAUUGAUUAUAACCAGAUCUAUGAAAUUCCAACAAGCCUUUGUAAAUUGCGAGAUCUAGUGCAUUUUGAAGCUGUGGGUAAUAAUAUUACAUCUAUUGCCCAAGAUAUUUCUUAUUGGAAGAGUAUUGAGGUAUUGUCUUUAUGCUCAAAUAACCUAGACUUAUUACCCCAUAAUGUUGGAUUGUUAAAAUCUCUAGUCACAUUGAAAUGCGAAUCGAAUGAGUUAAAGCUAUUACCUGAAAGCAUUUAUAAUUUGGAAAGUGUUGAAGAACUUGAGCUCAGUCACAAUAGCCUUACUUACCUACCACCUACAAUUGGAAUGCUCAGAAAAUUGCGUUAUUUAUUUUUAGAUUGUAAUGACCUUCUUUCAUUGCCUGAGGAAAUAUGUAGUUGCAGUGAACUAAGAAUAUUAAGUAUCAGCAGAAAUAAAAUAUUUGAAUUACCAAAAAGUAUCGGGCAGCUGGCUAAGCUUAAAGUUCUAAAUAUAGUAAACAAUAGCAUCUCAACAAUACCUGUUUCCAUUUUAAACUUGACGAAUUUAACUUCUUUAUGGAUCAGCGAUAACCAAUCUCAGCCACUCGUACCUUUACAAUAUGUUGAAUCCCGUACAAAGUUUGAACUUACUUGUUUUAUGUUACCUCAAGGGAGCGUUUCUCUGAAUCCGCAAACUCAUGAGAGUUCUUCAUUAGGAAUUUCUAUUCGACCUGAAACUCCACGAAAAGUAAUACAAAAGACAGUAUCAUCAAGCUCCAAGCUAUUUCGUCGAAUAUGUUUCGCAGAAAACGAAGUUAUUAUUAGUAUUUCAUCAAACUUGAUUUUUGAGAAUUUAAAGAGCGACAAGAAUCCUGUAAAUCCUGCUGAAGUCAAUAAAUAUGAGCGUAGAUUGCGGUCACCGACGCCUUAUCCAAAGGAAUUGCUGUUUUUAGCGAAAAGUAUUCGCACUGAACGAAACGGAAAUAUUGAUAAAAAUGCUGAAAGGUCAGUGAAUCCAUAUUUAUUAUUGGAAUCAUUGUUGAUGUUUGACAAUAAAUCUUUAAGCGUGCAAUAUUCAAAUAACGAAGAGGAACAACUCGAUCCAAAAGAUACGGAUAAUUUUUUUCACAUGAAAAAAAAAGUAUAUUCAUCUAGAGCCUCUCCGAGAUACUUAACAUUGAAUGACGAUCUUACUUUCAACCGGAUUCAAAAUCCGCAAUAUCAAACUUCAAACUGGUUUGAAACGGGAAUUAAUUUAAUACCGAUCAAUAAUUCGUUUCAAGCGCCGCCAUAUCAUACUGCUCGAGAGCUGAUAAGAAAAUCGUGUGAGGACUUGUCUAAUUACAAAAUACGUUUAAAGAGUGCAAGAAUCGAUGGAAUUAGGGUAGAAGCCCAGAACUCUGGAAAAGAAUUGUUAACUGCUUCCCAUUUAGAUGGGGAUCAAACCCCUGUAAUGGGUGAUGAUUUUUUAAACAUAGAUGAGCACUGUCAACAUAAGCAUAAUUCAAUUGAUGAUAAAAAUCUUGCAGAUCGUUCAUUGUGCUCAAUAAAGGCAAAAAGUGACUUACAUUACGUUGCGAAAAGUAUAGAUGUAUAUAAUGAAACAAAUAAUAUUCAAAUACCUAAAGAAAUUUCUUCAAGAAGGUCUCAAUGGUUGUUUGGAGUGCAUAAAAAUCCGAAAGUGAUACAAGUUAUAUUGAGAUGGGACAAAAGUGCUGGAUUUGACAUAGAAGAACUACCUCUUAAGGAAGGAGUUUACGUUUCUUUCGUGGACCCGAAAUCGAAUGCUGCUCGUAUAUUGUGCAUCGGCGACAAGUUACUUGAGAUUGAUAGUCACGAUUUAACAAACGCCAACCUGAUGGAAGCUAAAGCAGCUCUUAUGGAUUCAGGAACCAGCAUGCAUAUAAUGUUAUCGAGAAAAUAGUGAUUUAGGAGCCAUAAGUACAGAAAACAGACCGUUAAGGUAGAACAAAAUGAAUUUAUGGAUGUUAUUCUUGUAGAGGCAUUUCCAACCUCGUGUAGGGACAGGCUAGUUAAUUUAAGUCACCGAGCUCGCCUAACGGGAGGUCCAAGAAACGGGCUGUGGCAGGUAAGAUGUGUCUGUUUUAGGGUGCAUGUAAGGAGCUGGUUAGUGUCGUUUGGACUUUCAUUACAUGCUAGACCUAAGUUAAAUAUAUCGGGGUUGAGUUUGGAUAAGUAGGAGUUUUACCUGCUGCAAUAUCCACAACUAAGUUGUGCCUAUGUUACGCGGGAUUCUCGAGGCAGCUCGAGCUCUUCGUCUACUAUAGUUGGUUCAGUGUCAAACCAUAAAAACGCCAUUUCCUGGAAGAGAGCUCAUGAGGGUGUUGACAGACUGUUUGUGAAUGACGUUUAGUGCUUGUCUGUACGCGGUGCUGCUUAACGGUUGUAAAUGUUCCUGAAGACAGUCCUUUAAGUCGAGUAUAAGUCUCACGAUACCCGUCCUACGCACUGGGUCCUAUCCGGCCAAGAGCCGCCACCUUUUCGGCGACCUAACCCCGUCAAGUUUAGCAGGUAACAUUUAUUUCAGGUAGUAUACGAGCCCUAACCACUUGGACUCAACACGGAAUAUAAUUGAGUUCUACUGUCCCUGCACCCAAUUCUGUAUUUGUCUAGCACAUAGCAAUCGUCAUUUUAUUUGCAAAGCUGUGAGCAAAGAUUUUUUAAUGGCCUAAAAUUACAAACAUGGAAGCAGCAGAUGCAAUCAUUCUUUAUAGAAGCCUUAUCCAAUUCUUUUCAUUUGAUGUGUAUGCUUUUCAAGGAAAUUAAAAUUAUGAAACAACCUUCUUAAAAAGUAUAAACACGAAAAUGCAACCAUCACCCAACCAUUUAAAAACGUGUUUUCAAAAAAUACGUUGUCAAAUGAGAUCAUGCUCAGAUACCCGCCGGGGUUGCAGAGGUAGAUCCUGGGCUACCUGAGCGGUCAUCGAUGGUAUUACGAGGCAAAACAUCGAAACUGAGGAAAAUAUACAAGUGGUUCCGCAGUAUGGUGUCCUCUCCCUUAUUCACACGGCACACAAUGUGACAGUUUUCUGUUUUUUUGUUUCAUUUGACUGGGAAAGGAAUGUGAAAGUUUUUAAGAAUGAUAUAAGUUGACAGUAAUCAGUUUGUAGUACUGGAGUAAAGAGAACUAUGCUUUUAACGAUUUAUUAUUCGUACAGCUGAUCCACCAGCUUUACCCAGGAUUAUAGAAAUUAUACAUAAUGUUAAGGUGUUUCCAAUAAGAGCGUGACAUCGAUUUCACGACUCCGCAGAAAUAAUUUUAGUGUCAAUUUGGGCUGAUUAACCCCGUUAGCAUUGCAUAAUCAUAUCCUAAGUUCGCUCAUAUUUUACUUAACAAAGUUUGAAGCAUUUGGUUUCACGUUUUUAUAAAGUGUUGUACCAUACUUUACAUGGUUGACAUAAAUUGCGUCAUGCACUGGGUCAAGUUGAGAAUCAUGACCUCUAUUUCCAAAUUGGGUGGAAUAACGAGUGGGAUCUGCUCUCUUGUUUUUAAAAUGCUUGCGUAAGCCAUUUGACCAGUGUUCGGGGUAAAUUGAAAGGGACCGUAGCUGGAAUAUUGAGCGGGAGUCGAUUGCGUUUAGCUUGAAUACCUUCAGAAAGUUUUGCUUUUAAAUCUUUAUAUACAGAGCAACCUCUAUUGUUUGCAGUAUGAUUGCCACCACAAUUACUACGUUUUUCUUUGUUGCAUCAGUUUUUUUUGAGGAGCAUUUACUAGAAUAGUAGAGGUCCACACAUGCUACGCAUACAAUACGUAAAGAACAGUAGGUUUUGUUUUGCGCAAAUUCCUGAUAGUUCGUACAUUGUACGGAGCCAUUUUUAAUUAAGUGGUUCUUUGACCGUAACUUUGCGGUGUAGCAGAUACUUUAACUUAUAAAUUGGAUAGGUUCCAUUUUUGUUAGGCAAAGUUGAACUUGGGGACAAGAAAAUUUGAAGCAAU